AGUGAUUUUAUUAAAUACAGACAGUAGGAUUUAAGUGGUUCAAAGUAGUAACAGACAGAACAAAGUAAGUCACCAAGCAAAAUAAAAUAAAAUGCGCAAAUCUAUGCCUAAUCAAACUGAAUACAGAUAAUCUCACCCUCAGAGAUGCUUCAGUAAGUUUUUUCUCAGACUGGACACCUUCCAGGCCUGGGCACAAUUCUUUCCCCUGGUACAGCUCUUGUUCCAGCUCAGGUGGUAGCUAGGGGAUUCUUCAUGAUGGCUCCUCUCUCCCUCUCUGUUCUCUUCCACCCCUUUAUAUAUACUUUUGCAUAAGGCGGAAACCCUUUGUCCCUCUGGGUUUCCACCUCCCCCCCCCCUCCCCCCACUGGAAAAGCACCAGGUUAAAGAUGGAUUCCAGUUCAGGUGACAUGAUCACAUGUCACUGCAAGACUUCAUUACUCACUUGCCAGCACACACAUAUACAGGAAGACUCACAGAUAAAUACAGCCUUCUGCAGACAAUGGGAGUCAUCAAGAUUCCAAACCAUCCUUAAUGGCCCACACUUUACAUAAUUACAAUAGGCCCUCAGAGUUAUAUUUUAUAUUUCUAGUUUUAGAUACAAGAGUGGUACAUUUAUACAAAUAGGAUGAUCACACUCAGUAGAUUACAAAGCUCAUAAUGAUACCUUACAAGAGACCUUUUGCAUUAAGCAUAUCCCAGUUACGUUAUAUUCACUUAUCAUGUUUUUAUAAAACCAUAUAGCCUGCACAACAUCACAGGGAUAUCCACCAGAAGUGACCAUGACCCUGCUGCCUUCCUUGUCAAAGCUUUCUAUGAAGCUGCUGAAGUCUGUGUCUUUUAAAACAAAACAAAAAACAAACAAACAAAACCUCAGGAAGUCUAGCUAUAUCUUUGGACUGUUGUGUGGAAAUACAGAUGCAGGACUAAUGGUUUAAAAGUGCUUGCUUAAUGGUUUUUCUUUGAUAUGUUGAUGUAAUUGUAGCAGUUACUUAACAUAAAAGGGGUAGAUAGCUCUGAGUAAUUUGGAUUUGAUCUUCUGGACAUCUCUUGGAAUCCCCAGUGACAGGUGGAUAGCUGGCCAUUUGAACCUUGUUGUUUGACCCCUCCAGACCAGUGGUUGGGAGCACUCUAACCUUUUGCAUAUCUGUGUGUGCUUGAGAGCUAAUAAAAUAGUAAGUUUGGAUGAAAGCACUUUAGGUUUGUGCCAAUCUUUAAUCAGAUGGAUGCGCUGUGUCCCCCUUUGAUUUGUUUCUAACACUGCCUCACAAAGAGUACAGUUACCCCGAGGUUAGGGUUGAGAGAACCCUGGGUAACAAAAGGACCAUUGUGAUCAUCUAGUCUAACCUUCUGUAUAACAGACAACACUGAACUUCCUUUGAAUUAAUUCCUCUUUGAACUAGAGCAUACCUUUUGGAAAAAACAUCUAAAUUUGAUUAAAAAUUUUCUAGUGAAGGAGAAUCCACUACUUCCUUUGGUAAAUUGUUCCAGUGACUAAUUACCCUCAGUUUAAAAAAAAAUAUGCCUUAUUUCCAGUCUGAAUUUGUCUAAUUUUACCAUCUAUACACUGGAUCUCAUUAUACCUUUGUCUGCUAAAGAGCCCAUUAUCAAAUAUUUGUUCUCCAUGUAGGUAGUUAGACUGUGAUCAAGUCACUCCUUAAACUUCUCAGAGGGUACGUCUAUACUUACCUCCGGGUCCGGAGGUAAGCAAUCGAUCUUCUGGGAUCGAUUUAUCGCGUCUUGUCUAGAUGCGAUAAACCGAUUCCGGAUCGAUCCCAGAGGUGCUUGCCAUCGACGCUGGUACUCCUGCUCCGCGAGAGGAGUACGCAGAGUCGACGGGGGAGCCUGCCUGCCGCGUGUGGACCCGCGGUAAGUUCGAACUAAGAUACUUCGACUUCAGCUACGUUAUUCACGUAGCUGAAGUUGCGUAUCUUAGUUUGAAGUGGGGGGUUAGUGUGCACCAGCCCUAAGUGAAACAAAUUGAACUUCUUGAGUCUACUAUAAUGCAUAUUUUCCAACCCUUAAAUCAGUCUCAUGGCUCUUCUCUCUACCGUCCCCAAUUUAUCAACAUCCUUCUUGAAGUAAGGUUUUCUCAAGAGCUUGCUGGAUCAGGCACUGUGGUGUGUGGGUUUUUUUUGUUUUAAAGUGGUUUUCCAUAUAUAAAUGUACAGUAAUUACAACAAAUCUUUCCCCUCCCCCACUAUUAACAGAUUAACAAGAAGACAACAGAAUGGAGAAUAAAGAGAAAAGCAAUGGUGAGAUUAAAGAAAAACAGGCAGUGAAAAAGAAAGUGGACUGGUCUGGCAGCCUUAUUAUUGCCUCUUUAGCUGGAGCUUUUGGGUCUUCAUUUCUUUAUGGUUACAAUCUCUCUGUAGUGAAUGCACCAACAGUGUAUAUCAAGAGGUUUUACAAUGAAAGUUGGGACAGAAGAUACGGCCACGUAAUAGAUGGAGGAACUCUUACACUCCUCUGGUCUAUAACCGUGUCUAUUUUCUCCAUUGGUGGACUGGUGGGUGCGAUAAUUACCACACCAAUUGUGAAGUUCUUUGGCCGAAAACAUACAUUGCUGAUCAAUAAUGUAUUUGCAGUUGUGGCUGCGUUGUUGAUGGCUCUCUGUCAGUUAGCAGGAUCAUUUGAAAUGCUCUUAUUGGGCCGCAUUGUGAUGGGUAUUCAUGCAGGUGUCUCUCUCAGUGCCCUUCCCAUCUAUUUGAGUGAAAUCUCACCUAAGGAGAUCCGGGGUUCUCUGGGGCAGGUCACAGCAAUCUUCAUCUGUAUUGGAGUUUUCACUGCUCAGGUUUUGGGGCUGCCAGAAAUAUUUGGAAAUGAAUUUCGCUGGCCCUACUUAUUUGGAGUGAUUGUUGUUCCUUCACUGAUCCAAGUUGGGAUUUUGCCCUUCCUCCCUGAAAGUCCUCACUACCUCCUACUUGAAAAGAAUGACAAAAGUGGAGCAGAAAAAGCGUUCCGGACCUUUCUUGGGAAAGAUGAUGUCUCUCACGAAUUAGAAGAGAGUGACGCGCAGAGAAAUGUUAAAUUAGAGUCUGUCCUUCAACUUCUUAGAAACCCCUCUGUGCGCUGGCAGAUCAUUACUGUGGUCAUCACCAUGGCCUGCUACCAGCUAUGUGGGCUAAAUGCUAUCUGGUACUACACAAAUAGCAUCUUCAGUGAAGCUGGGAUAACUCAUCAACUGAUCCCUUACGUUACCUUGAGCACCAGCACUGUUGAGAUUUUGUCUGCUGUUUCUUCCGGCUUAGCUGUUGAACGGCUUGGACGUAGACCUCUGCUUAUCGGAGGUUUUGGUUUGAUGGUCAUCUUCUUUACAAUACUUACAGUAUCCCUGACUUUACAGAAUCAUGCAUACUGGCUCCCCUAUCUCAGUAUAUUUUGCAUUCUUGCAGUAAUUGCAUCAUUUUGCAUUGGCCCAGGUGGGAUUCCAUUCGUCUUGACUGGAGAGUUUUUUCAGCAGUCUCAAAAGCCUGCCGCAUUUGUGAUAGCUGGGACAGUCAACUGGCUCUCCAACUUCUCAGUGGGACUUCUUUUCCCUUUUAUUCAGGCUGGACUGCAGACAUUUUGUUUCCUGGUGUUUGCUGUCGUCUGCCUUGCUGGAGCUACUUACCUGUUUUUUGUCCUGCCCGAAACAAAAAAUAAGACCAUUAAUGAAAUCAGCCAGGCAUUUGCCAAAAGGAAUAAAGUGACUUUAGAAGGGCGGGAGAUGAGCCAGUUUUCAUCAGAAACUAAACCAAGUGAAGAACAAGAACAUAACUUCUCUUCGACACUGGAGAAUGGUGAAACUAAAAACAGUAUAUUCUAAGAAUUCAGUGUUCUUUUUAUGGAAAAAAAACCCAUAUGCUCUGCUGAUUUGGAAAGCAUGUGAUAAUUCUAGCAGUUCCAUAUUUGUGUUAUUAAUACCCCUGUGUAUGUGGUUGUUUUUUGUUUUUUUUUUAAACUCAGGGGAAUAUAGGCAUAGGGUAAAUCAGUGGCAGCUGGGAAGGUUCUGGGGGGAAGCGGAUAUGUGAGAGACAGACAUCUGAUGGGAACAAGACCCAGAGUUUCCAGGAAACCUGUGGAGAGGAUCAUCAGAUGGCUGGAGGGGGAUGGGAUCAGGACUAGGAGAGGGACUCUGGAUUAGCAAUGGGAACUGGGUGGAGGGAUCCUGAGCAAGGACUGGCUGAUCAGCAUUCAGCUAAAAGCAGCAGCUGCAUGCCAGCUUGCAUGGGUGGACCUAUAUGCUCGUGGCAGAGAUUGGGUGCGAGUCAGUGGCUGUGAAGAGAAGGAGAGGCAAGUUUUAUUUCUCAGCUUUUCCCAACAUGCUAUUAAAAUUGUACUGCAACAUGAAAGGGACACUAUCAUGGUAUCUUUUCCAUCUUCAUUUUUAAUUUUAGCUGUUGUUCCUCCUAAGAGCCUCCCUUGCUCCCACUGUAUCCAGAAGAUGGAAACUGCAAUUUAUUUCCAUAAUUACUGAUGUGCUUUCUCCCUCCAUCCCACAAAUACUGGCAAGAGCGCUGGAUUGCUUGCACUGCAUUUCUAUUGUUUAAAGCAAAUAACAGUGAAGCAUUUGUUCUGAAAACAAACUCCACAUAUUCUGAAUUCAUAUUCUGAAUUCAUAUUCUGAAUAGUGGGCUCUGGGGAGAUAGGUACAGUAGAAGAAACAAUAAUCAAAUAUUGAGCUGUCCAGACUUUAACACUAGUAACAUUUUUUUAAAAGCACAAGUUCUAUUUUCAAAAGUGAUUUAGGAGCCAAAGUCUCACUGAAGGCCUAUGGGACUAACGCUCUGAAGUGCCUACAUCAGUUUUGAAAAUAGGGCUUAGGCUCCUAGUCUUUUAGGUGCUUUUAAAAAUGUUACCCAAUGUCCAUUUAAUUUCAUGACAGAAAAAUAGCAGGGGUUUCUGGUUUGUGAUGUUUACUCUUCCUGAUUCUUAGUGUUUUUUAGGCAAGUAAUGGCUCACUUUAAUAUUUUUCAAUUGUUUUCCUUGAAUUCCUUAAGUACCUAGGUACUAUAGGGAUAAGCACUUUCUGAAUAAGAUAAUAAAUCCCAUCAUUUUAUAUUAUUUUUAUAUAAAUCCAAAGUACUUAGCAGUCCUGGGGAUAAGUCCCCAGUGAGUAUGUGCAAUCUUUGAGGGUGAGCCAUGUUUCUCUAUGGGCUAUUUUGCACAAUGCUAAAAUUGUAAAUUUUAUGUGUAUAUUUUAUUUUUAAAAAAUUGUUCUUGGAUGUUUGCUUUGUUUUUUUCAGGUUUUAACCUAAUACGUUUUUAAUCAUAACCUAAAAUAAGUUGUUGUUGCCAAAUAAUCUAUACCAUAUGCUGUGUUGUUUUAGCCAUUUUGGAUCCAGUAUAUUUGAGAGACAAGGUGAGUGAGGUAAUGGCUUUUAUUAGACCAACUUCUGUUGCGGGGAGAGAGAAACGACCUUUCCAAUUUACACAGAGUCUGUCUGCAGGUCUGGGCAAUGUACUCAGAGGGCACUGCAGUUGGUCCAUGGUAGCUAACUUGGGCUCAGGCUAUGGGGCUGGUUAAUUGCAGUGUAGACGUUUGGCCUCAGGCUGGAGCCUGGUCUCUAGGGCCCUGUGAGGUGAGAGGGUCCCAGAGCUCGGACUGCAACCUGAGCUCAAACAUCUACAUCGCAAUUAAACAGCCUCUUAGUCCAAGCCCCAUGAGCCGGAAUCAGAUGGCACACACCAGCCGCAGGUGUCUGAUUGCAAUGUAGACAUACCUAGAGUGUCACUGCUAAAUACAAGGUGGAACAGAUUGUUUAGCAUAAGUAAUUAACAUAUAUUCCAAGGGACUAUUCAAGGUGAGGUGGCCAGUUACCACCUGUCCAGUUAUAGGAGAAGGAAAGAAAGGGGGGAGGGGGGAAAUCAAUAAUCUAUAGUCCCCCCUCAGUUCCUCCCCCCCCCCUCAUGACUGAAGACAUGUUAACUGGAUACUUCACUUGAAUGAGCCCUUGAAAUAGGUAAAAAGAACAGGAGUACUUGCGGCACCUUAGAGACUAACAAAUUUAUUUUGUUAGUCUCUAAGGUGCCACAAGUACUCCUGUUCUUUUUGCGGAUACAGACUAACAUGGCUGCUACUCUGAAACUUGAAAUAGGUGUUAACUACUUAUGCUAAACAAUCUGUUCCACCUUGUAUUUAGCUGUAACACUGAGCACAUUUCCCAGACUUGAAGAAGAGCUCUGUGUAAACUCAAAAACUUGUCUCUCACCAAUAGAAAUUGAUUCAAUAAAAGAUAUUACCUCACCCACCUUAUUUCUCUAAAUGCGAUUUACUGUGAUUUGUAUACAUACUACACAUUAACCAUUUCUAGAACUUAAUUACCCAACAGAGCAAUUUCAUUGCUGGGUAAUAGGAAAGAAUGGAUACCAGGUUAUACACUGGGUAGCUACUGACAUCAGUGGAGUUACUCCAAUGUAUAAUUGGGGUAAUGCCAUGGAGAAUCAGACUACACUUUUCUUUAGCAGCAAAAACAUAAUGAAUCAGGAUUAUGCUGUUGAAGAAUCAUAUGUUAGGGCUAAUCAAAUCUUUAGGGGGGAAAAACUACACAGAUAUGUUUCCUUAAAGAAAGUACUUGAAGCUGCAUAGCUUUUGUGUGCAGCCUGUGUAUGAUUUUAUUUGUCUUUAUUUCUUGGGUUUAUUUUGUUUUUUGCUACAUGGGUUUAAAAAACAAAACACAAAACAAAACAAAAAAAACCACCAAACCCUGUGCUGCUGGGUUGGUGAACAAUACUAACAUUUAAAAUCCCAGUUCAAGCACAGAGGCCUUCCUUCUCUGGCUGAUAGAUAUCUGGUGGGAGAAUCAAGCCCUUUUACUCAACUUGAGGGGUACUUUAGAUCACAAGUUGGGGUUGCUCUCAGAGUAAGGUACUACUCCACUUGAGUUAGGUUGUCAUAAUUAGGCUCUUAAUUAUUAAAAUUAAUACUUUGUGCUGCUCAUCUUCUAAGCACUUGAUAGGCAUUAAUCGUUGAUAAUGUUGACAUUUGAUAAAUUAACACUGUGUUGGCAUCCUGAUAUCAGUUUUACUGAACUUCUGAAGCAAGGUUUAACCCUUAAAUAAUUAAAUACAACUGCUAGCACUCUCAUUUUGAGCUUGGCUAUGCAGGUUCUUUCAGCACCUUUUUAAGACCCAAAUGUGUUCACCCUUCUCCUGCCAUGCAUACAAAGCAUGCGUAAAUGAAGCUUGGACAGAAUCAGAGAGGGAUCAGGUGGAAGCUCCCUUCACAACUAAGGGGCUUUUAUAGUACUAGCAACUAGGGCUCCUACAUCCUCUCUAUGUGAAGGUGCCGUGACAUAGGGCUCUAUUGGCCCCUCUCUUGCCACAACCUAGACGUGCACACAUCUGCUGCUGCAGAGAGAGGCAUCAGAGAAAAGUCUCCAUGGCACAUAAGGAGUGCAAAUCCCUUUGUGUACCCCCCCCCUACCCCCAUGUCCUGUCUCCUCAGAGCUGAAUCACAUCAGUUCUGCUGAGUUUAGGGCCUUCUGGGCUUGUAGGAUGGGGAGCUGUGGAGGUGCAGUUAGACACCUGUUGAUUUGCUCCAAAUCUUUCUGUAAGAGCAAUACAGAGUGAAAAUGUCAGCAUCAGAGAAUUAGUUCAAACAUUCCAAUCACUGCCUAGAGGAUGUGGUUAUAGUAUAUUCAAGCUUGGUUUCUGGGAACACCCAAGAUUUGCAUAACUCCCUCAUCUCCAACCCCAAGGGUGGUUUUGAAUUGUUCUCAAGUAUUGCGUAGCAACAUUUUCCCCCUUCUUAUGGUGCUAUAACUUCAAUGAUCAAAGGAUAGAAUGUAAUAUGGUGACAGUUUUUCACUGUUUUUUCUAUUUUGGUAUAUUAAACUGUCUACAGCCAAACCUGUACAUUUGUCAAUGAAUGUUCCACUUGUGCUUCUGUUUUGCUAUAUUCGGAAUUAAGAAUGGGAAAAUGCUGGACUAUGUGUCUUUGUUUUUAAAGCAUAUUAAAAGUGGAUUGCAAGUGUGUGACUGAUCAGUGAAAUCUAUAUAUGAUGAGAGCCAGAUAAAGUAUAAGAGUUAAACCAACAAAAUGCCUGGUUCUGUUUCAUUUCUGGAAAAUAAUGUGAGAUUAUCCAAAGUUGAAUGUAAGGUAUCAUUACUCAGUUUUCAGUUGUAAAACCCACCUGAGUUUUCAUGUGAUUCAUCAUUAAAAUCUUCUGUAUACAGUCA